AUGCCCCGUACAUAUGGAAAAAAGCCCAAGCAGACGCGGCUAUCUUUCAACCCGGUAGGCGCUGCUUCUCCAGAUACGCAAGGGAGCCCAGGACGCCAAGCAAAACUACGCUAUGGACAUCCGUCUAUGCCCGUUGUUUGUACGGAGAGGAAGCGACUAGAUUUUAAUAAGCAAGAGGGUCAAAAGAGUCGGAAGCAGCGGCCAUCGUCUCCGUCGCCGGUGAAAUCUCCUGAUGCAGAUGAGGGAGAGGAAGAGUUUAGAACUGUAUCUUCCCAGGACAGUAAGGAGGAAAAGAGGAAACCCGCGCGGAAGGAAAAGAAGGCAAUAGCCGUGGACGAAGAUAAUACUGAGGUGGAAGUUGCGCAGACAAAACGCACGAGGAAUGGGAAUCGAUCAUCGAAGCGCAAGAGGCCUGCAAUAUCGGAAAGCGAAUCUAACAAGUCGCAAGAGAGCGACGCAGAAGUUGUCACCAGACCGCGUCGCAAAUUGAGACGUGGGGCGGCGUCCAAAGCAACGAUUGUCCAUGAUGAUGACGAAGACGAGGAGAAAGAGGAUGGAUUUGAGAAGAGCCAAAGAAAAGAAGAGAAGGAAGAAGACGGAGACGAGGACGAUGAUGAGCCAUUAGUGACCCCGGCACGAAGACGAAGGCGCAAUAUAGUCUCUGAGGACCUCCAAACGCCUCGUCGAGGCUCAGACCAGGACAAGAUUGAUAUAGAGGAGGAUUUGGAGGAUCUUCAAGAUUCGCUGGUGAAAGAAACGCGCACUCGCGGCAGACUCGCCAAUUCUGCGAGGGCCCAAAGACAGCAACACCUCGAAAUGCUACGACGGAGACGAGCCGGCGAUAGAUCAAAGGAUAUCCCAGAAUCCGAAUCCGAGCCCGAGCAAUUAUCAGAAGAAGCCGAAGAUGAAGUCGAGGAAGAAGCAGCAUCAGACGGAAACCAAUCCCCAACCGACUACCAAACCCGCCUCAACUUCCAACGAGAAAACAGCGACGUCGAAUCCGCAAUCGCAAGCAACGAAGAUCUAGACCGCUACGACGACGACUUCGUCUUAGAAGACGAAGAAAACGAUACCCUAGGCGUCCCAACCGGCCUCGAAGACAUGCCGUUCGAAUUCACGCGGCACGCCUACAAGCAAACAAAGGAAUACUUCCGGGACACGGUCGAGUGGAUGGUAUUAAACCAACUAAAUCCAGCGUUCCCUCGCUCAGCAGCCAUGUACCAAGCCGCAUUCACCAAAGUCGAAGAUGAAGUCAAGGGAUGGACGGGCUCGCAGGUUAUGUCGACAGUCUGGAGUCUUGAUUUUUACCGGGCGUUGAUGGCAAGGCCGCAUAUCGAGAUAACCUCGUAUCCGAUUAGCGAUAAUCAUCCGUGUGAUGCGUGUAAUCGAUCUAAACAUCCGGCAUCUUUUGAUAUCAAGCUUUAUGGAAGGGCGUAUUCAAUGGAUACUCUGGAGGCCCUAGUAGAUGAUGAUGAUGAGAACACAAGGGAAAAAGACCGAAACGGUAACGUUCUCCCAUUUGAGGAUACUCGAUUUUACCUGGGACGAAACUGCAAAGCCCGCGCAGAAAUGGCCCACCCCGCCAUCCACUGGCGCUACCAACUAAAUGAAUGGGUCGUCGACUACCUCAACCGUAUGGGCUACCUCUCCGACGAAAAGAUCCUCGAACGUAGCCACUGGAGCCGGAAGCGGCGGGCCCAGUACGCCGUCGAGAUUGUUGCUAUGAUGGACCAGACGGAUGAGGUUAAGAAGAUGUGGCGCGAUUUCAAACUUCAUUUGGAGGCUGCGAGAGAAUCGGGCAAUGAGAGGUUUGAUAAGUUCUAG